AUGUCACACAAUCUCCAAGAGAGCCCCGGUGAUGAUGAUCGUCGGCAAUCCCAACCCACCGAAGCAGAACAGGGUAGUUCGAGAUAUGAAGACCGAGUUGAUUCUGGUUUCGUGCAACAGCCUGAAAACACGGAUGGCACACUACAGUCCAGCAAAGACAAGGAAUCCCUCCGUAACAAGAAGUCUACGGAGCCGAGGAAGUUCUAUCUCGUAACCCACAACUCGGGAGACGACGAGAGGCACCGUGGGAGCGAGUCUUCAUACUCGUAUAAGUCAGUGAAUCUUGAACAACCCUUUCGCUUCGGCGAGUUCAAUCCACUCGUCGGAGAGUCUUUACCUUCUCUGUCGAUACGGGACAGUACUAGUGGUGAGCGCACAUAUGCUUCUCCAAACCCGGCAACCAUCCCCAUCAGCGGACAUGCCAGUUCUUCAUCCUCGUUCCACGAAAAGCCAACCACUGUUGAGCCACGGGGAAUUCCCUCCCAACUCCUGCCCCGAGCCAGCAGCAUAACCAGCUUCGGCUUCAUCGACGACGGUGAAGACACCAUCAUCUCCUGGGAAGAAAAUGACCCAGAAAACCCGUACAACUGGUCCUCCGGCAGGAAAGCCGCCAUCUUGCUGACGGCCGUCAUGUUGAUCCUCAACUCGUCCAUGGGCAGCGCCCUGCCCAGCAACGCCAUCCCCUUUAUUGUGGAGGAGUGGAAGAUCGAGUCGGAGCAGGAGACGGUCCUGCCCAUUUCCAUCUACCUGAUCGGCUAUGUGAUGGGUCCGAUCUUGUGGGCGCCGCUAAGCGAGCAGUAUGGGCGCAGGAGACUGAGUAUCGGGACGUUUGCCAUGUUUACUUUGUUUACGUUGGCGUGUGCAUUGGCUCCUCAUUGGAUUUCCUUUAUCAUUUUCAGACUGUUUUCGGGCAUCUUUGCUAGUGCGCCUAUUGCGCUGGUGCCGGGGAUUAUUGCGGAUAUUUACAAUGAACCGAGGCAGCGUGGGAGAAGCAUGGGGAUUUUUAUGGCUGUCAUCUUCGGCCCUCUCAUCGCCCCCAUCAUCUCCGGCUACGCCGCCACCACCAUCGGCUGGCGCUGGGCCUUCUGGAUCGGCCUCAUGUACGCCGGCCUGACCCUCCUCCCUCUCUUCUUUUUGUUGCCCGAAACCUACGGCCCCAUCCUCCUCCUCCGUCGCGCCCAGCACCUCCGGCUCACCAACCCCAACGCCCACGUCAUCGCCCCCCGCGAACUCGAAGACACCCAACACUCCCUGUCCGAACUCACCACCAUCGUCCUGACCCGGCCCAUCCGCAUGAUCCUCAUGGAACCCAUCGUCUCCACCAGCUGCGCUUACAUCUCCCUCUGCUACGCCAUCUUCUACAUGACCUUUGAAGCAUACCCCUUCAUCUUCAUCGACCUGUACGGCCUCACCCCGGGCCAAUGCGGGCUCACGUACCUCGCCAUGGGCGUCGGCUGCUUGAUUGCCUUGCCCAUCUUCAUGGCAUGGGACUCCAUCCUCACCCGCGCCCGGCACCGCAACGCAGCCUGGACUCGCCAGGAAGAAUACCGUCGCUUGCCACUCGCUUGCCUCGGUGGCCCCAUGUUCGUCGUCAGUCUCUUCUGGCUGGGCUUCACCUCCCGUUCCCCCUCCAUCAUCCCGUUCUGGAUCCCCAUGCUAAGCGGGAUCCCCUUCGGCAUGGGCUUCAUGUGCGUUUUUCAAGCGCUGUUGAACUACCUAACAGACGCGUACGAGAUCUUCGCUGCGUCAGCGAAUGCAGCGGCUUCGUGCUCGCGGUCGUUGUUAGCGACGCUUUUACCGCUGGCGACGGCGCCCAUGUUCCAUCGCUUGGGGAUUGCGGGCGCGUGUUCGUUGUUGGGUGGAUUGAGUCUGUUGAUGACGAUGAUGCCGUUUAUUUUUCUGUGGCAGGGGGAGAAGAUUAGAAGGAAUUCCAAGUUUUGUUUGUUGUUGAGGGAACGGAGGGAGGAGAUGGAGAGGAAGAUUGAGGAGCAGAAGAGAAGGAGGACGGGGAUCAUGACAAUGAGGAUGAGUGGUGUGUCGGCUGCUGCUGCUGGCUUAAGAUUCUCGGCUUAUGGAGAGGGUUUGGCGAGGACGGAGACGAGGGGGGAGGCGGGGAGGGUGCUGGGAGGAGGAGGAGCUAUGGGGGACAUUACGGAGGAGGAGCAGCAAGGGACAAAGAAGGAUGUGGAAAAGGGGGAGAUGGACAAGGGGAAGGAGAUGGAGAUGGAGAUGGAGAUGGAAGGGAGGAAGAGUUCUUCAAGUGGCAGCAACUACUCAAGCCACAGUGAACGGGGGGGUAUUCAGGCCCAUGGGAUUUUACAUGCGGAUGAUGGUGGGAGGAGGACUGGCAAUGUGGUGAAUCAUGCUUUUGAGCGCCCGGAUUACGGAGGAGCUGAUGAGGUGGGCGAGUCCUCAUUCAGUCACGACCAUGAUCCUCCGCCUGGUUCAGGUUCAAGAAGUGGUGGCUCGUCAGCUACCGUGGCGAUUAGUCCUCCGCCGCCUCGGAUCACUGGUACACCUCAUGAUGAUGAUGGAGGGGGGAAGUUGAAUGGAGAUGGGCUUGUUGGUGGAGGUCGGGAGGGAAACGAAGGAAGAAGGAUGAAUGAAUAA